UAUCGCGAAGAGAGAUUCCGUCAAACAAGUGAAAGUACUCAUCAACGAGUUUUCUAUUGGUCCCUUUCACAGCUAUUCAUUUUGUUGAUUAUGGGUUUUUGGCAAAUACGGCAUUUGAAAAGUUUCUUUGAAGCUAAAAAACUUGUCUAAGUUAAUAAUUUUGUAUUUCUACAAAAAUACGAAAUCAUCCUGAAAUGUAUUUUUUUUUUUAUAUACAUUUUGUACAUACAAAAAUAUUGUAUUCAUUAUGAUUAAUGUGGUUAAUUUGAAUAUAUAAAAGAAUAAUCUGUUGAAUUUAGUUUUUUUUUGCUAUCAAUUUUAAUAAAUUAAAUGUAAAAUUUAUUUUUCUACAAGGAACAACAUUUUAGAAUUGUUCAUUUGCAAAUUAAUAACUAUUUUAAUAAUAAUAAUAAAAACAAUUCAUAAAUAUAAUAUCAUACAUAUUAUUUACUAUAUAUUUAAAAAAGUUUAUAUAUAUUUUUUCAUUUCACGUAUACAAAACUUAAUAUUUUUAAGAAAAAUAAUAAUAAUGAAAUAUACAUUGAAUUAAGACAACAAGGGAUGGGGGCAAUGUUGGCACAUAUGGCUAAAAAAAAUCAACAAAAAAUAAAUAUAUGAUAAUGUAAUAUAAUAUGUACAGAAAAGUCAAUCAGCUGACAUAGAAGAUAAACUACUCCGGGUAGAGCUUCUGUGAUGAUAUGAAUGGUGGUUAGAAGGCGGGCUAAUAUUUAUUGGCAACAUAUUAGUUGGAGGCCCAAAUAUAGCUUCUUGUUCUUCUAACUGUAUAGCAAACUGCUCUUCUAGUUUCUGUAAAACAUAUUUUAAUAUUUUAUAUUAUUCAACGCUAAAUCUCUUUGGUUAGGUUAGGUUAAGUUGGAACAGGUACAUAAAUUAAGAAAUUUAACAUCAAAUUAUAUUGAAUUGAAAAUGAUAUGCUAAAUGUGAAUAAAAUUGAAUAACUUAUAGUUCAUUGAUAAUAAUAUAUGUAUUAAUUUAAAAUAGAUUUCAAAAAAUUAAUAUACAGUGUUACUUACAUAAGGUAUUUAUUGUAGCAGCACUCAGGAAUAAGCAAGGACAAAAGGAAGCAAAAUAAUAAAUAAAUUAAGCGUGAUUUCAUUAAAUUGAUGGUGUUAUUUACAUGGGUUUUAAUAAUUUUGUAAUUUAGAUAGAUACAAAAUAUCAUAAACCUUAAUAUUUAGUAAUUAUGUUAGUUUUUUGUCUAAAAAUAAAUUAUAAAAUUAUAUAAUACAAAAAAAUAUAUAUAUAUAUAUAUAUUACGAAGCUUGAAAAUUACUACAUUAACCAUUCAAAUAAGCAUAUAAACAAAGUGCAGGAAAAUAUUAAAAAAAAUAAAUGCAAUAAUGUGUUUAUAAUGUAUAAGGUGUGUAUUUUGAAUUUUAAGCAAAGUUUUGUUCCUUGUCAUGCUUAUAAGAUAAUAAUUAUUUUCUACUUUUAAUACAGUAUACUUUCAUAAUUUACCAGUUGCAACUUUAAGGUAAAAUAAUAAUUGACAAAAAUUGAAAUAGCGUAUUUCAUGGCACAUUUUAGAUCUAGUUUAAAAUCCAAACUUUUGGUGGUAACAUUAUUAUUGUAUGAUACACUUAAAAAGUUAAAAAUAUCUAAAUAUUUAAGUAACAAACAUGAAAAAUAAUAUAUAAGUUUUACUAGACUUUAAGCACUGAAUAAUUUAUAACUAUAGUGAACUAAAAAACAAUAAUUAAUAACUCAAAUGUUUUAAAUACUACAGGGCAGUUUUUUUUUAAAUUUUUAAGUAACAACUGGCAAAUUAUCUGAUAUAAUAUGAAUUGAAUAUUAAAUAAGAUAUAAAUAAUAUAUAUUUACAAAAUAUAAUGUUAAAAAUUAAUUAUUCAAGAUAAAAACAAUAAACAUUGAUAAAAAUUAUAAAUAUAUUUAAAAUAAAAUGUAGGUAGUAUAUUUUUGUUACUUUAAUUUAAAUAUAGAUAUGACGCAUAUUUAGUUGUCAUACAAUUAUUAAAUUUUAAUAUGCUAUUCUAAAUAUGCGAAAAAUACGUAAUUCGCAAAAAAAUUUUUACCAAAAGAUUAAAUAUGUGAUUUGUGAACUGGUAUUUAUUAAAACAAUUACAUUGUUUGAUAAAAUUGAAUUUUAAUAAAAAAAUUACUUAAUUAAUAAACCAAAUUAGGAACCGGAAUACACUAUCUAAUAACCAAAUGGUGACAUGUAAACCAUUUGGAAUAGUACUAAACUUUUGUUCAAAUGCCACCGUUUAGUUCAUUCAGUAUACAAAAAUAUUACAUUGUGGAUUGGUUUGAAUGAUUAGGAUAAUUAUUGGCACAUCGCCUAGGGAGAAAUCCAGAGCCAGGAGAACGAAAAGAAGUACUGGAUAAUCUAGGAGAAGAAGCAAGUGAUGAAAACGAAUAUUCGCGUCUGAGCAAUGUGUUUCCAGGAGACGGAGGCAAUGAAUAGCGACUGUUCCACGAAUUCCCUUUAGCUUGCCUCGCCAACUCCAUCUCAAGGUUCUGACAAAAAAUAUAAACUAUUGGUGGAUGUUUAAAUGUAGACAUCACACUACCCUUUUUCUACAAUGGGUUAGAAAUUAAUUAUUUAAUACAUAUUAUGUACAAGUGUUAACAACUAUUCAAUCAAAUUCCACGUAUUAUAUUUAGAACUUUUGAAAUUUAAAUUAACUACUAAUAACUACAGUAGCAAAUAACUAAUUAGAUAAGAUAAGUCAAACUCAAAUAAAAUUGUUAUAAAAAACAUAAUAUAAUACAUUCAAAAAUUACCUGUUUCCUAGGUUUUAAGUGAGCUUUCCAUUCCCUUAACUCACGAGCAUAUAACUCUUCUUGCUCUUUUAGUUUAGUUGUUUCAUGCUCCAUUAACAUUUUACCUAAAAUUAAAGACUCAUGUUAUUUCAACUAAUAUUUGAAAAUGUAACAAAUAAAUGAUAGCAGUACGUUUUUCAUUUUGAAGCUGCUCGAGCUCCCUUAUAGUGGUAUCAUUUGCAAUUCUUAACUCUUCAAGUUGUCGCUGCUGUUUCAUUUCAAAAGCAAGUGUCUCAGCACGAUAUCUUUUCUUUUCAUUUUCUUGGAAUUUCUUAAGUCGAUUACGUUCAUAUUCUGGAUCUGGAUUUGGAUUGGUCGCCAUACUUAUUCGAACAGAUUCACGAAACAUCAUUUCACGGGCUUUCAUUUCAGAACGAAUGCGUUUAGGUAAUGAUCGUUUUUCAACUCCUUGACGUUUUUGCAUUUCUUCAUCUUUACGUAUAUUCAUACGUUUCAUUUGUUCUAACUCUUUUUCAUGUCUUAUUAACAUCUAUAAUUUAAUAUGUUUACACAUUUAACAAACAAUUGAAAAUAACAUUAAUUUUUAAUUUUACUUGAUGUCUCUGCAAAAAAAAACCAUCUUUAAGCUGUCUUUUGGCCAAUUGCUGUUUUUCAUGAAUUUGUCGUUCUUCCAUUUCCCAAAGAGCAGCUUCUCUAGCUCGCAUUAACUAAAAAAUGUGUAAUCUGGGUUUACAUAGAGAUCAAUAAAAAAAGAUUUAUUUUAUACCAUUACAAUUAACAAAUUGUUUUAAGAUUAUAAUUUGAUUAAUGUCUAAAAAAUUGAAAAAAUAGUUCAAUUUUUAAUUCUAAUUGUUAAAUAUCUAUAAUAAAAAAACCUAGAAUUCUUAACACUUUUUUACCUGUUGUUUCUGUUGUAAAUAUUGUCGUUCCAUAAGUGCAAUUUUCUCCUGAUGAGCAUCACUCAGUCUACUCAAGGAACUUUCAUGAUUUUCAUUUAGUUUCUCAAGGAAUAAUUUUUCUCUCUCCUCGUGUUCAGUCUCUAACUUCUCUUUUUUAUCUUUAAACAAGUUUUUCCGCCUUUCUUUAGGCUUUAGGUCAAUUUCCUGUUUUAAUAACCUUAAUUCUUGUUUUAAUCCUUCCCUAAAUUCUUUUAAUUCACGCUCCUAUAAAUAAUAAAAAUAAAUCACACAAAGAAAACUUUUUAUAAUUAAAUUAUUUACUUGUUCUAAACGAAUUUUUUUUGAUGUCAUUCUUAAAUCAGCUUCCUGCUGAGUCUCAGCUCGUUCAACAGCUUGCCGUUGUUGCUUAACCAUUGCAUCUAAAUCUGCUUCAUACUGUUUAAUUAAUGUCAUUCUUUCUUGCUCAAACUUUUUAUCUUGUUGUUCUUUAGAUAAAGUGGCCUUAAAUGAUAAAUCUUGAAACUGUUUCUGUUCUUGUUUUUGUAACAUUUUAAGUUCUCUAAGUUCUUGUUUUCUAAAUAUCUGAUCAUUGUAGCCAUGACUGGAAUCUUCAUCACCAUAUAUUACUUUACUGGUUGUUGUAGUCACAACUACACCAUCUACUUCAAAUUUUCUUGUUCGCUUUCUAGUUUUUUUUUUCAUAUUUCUUAUUUCUAGCUCUUCUUUGCUUAUGUUUCGACUAGUUCUUUUCAUUUCCUAAAAAUGUUAAAAAAAAAACAAUCAAAUAUAAACUAUUAUAUUUUAGGAAGCUAUUUCUAUACACAUAUAUAUAUUUUAAAAAAAACAAUAAGAGUGAGUAUUUUAUCCUUUUUAAAUUUAUAUUUUAUGAUACCCUAAAUGUUUUUUUUCCAAACGUUUUUCCUUAAAUUUAAAAAAAUAAUUUUCAGUUAGUCAUAGUCAAUAGUGCUGAAGGGUAUGCCACUACUGUAGGAAUUAAGUUAAGAAGAUCGAUAUUUAAAUUUAAAUCUGUAUGCACAAUGAUAAAUGAUUCUGAAACAAAUUUAGGUUAAACAUGGUCAUUUUGAAGAUUUCCAUUAAAAUUCCAAUUGUAAAAAGCAUAAACAAAUUGUUGCUCUUAACCUUUUUUUACAACUAGGUGAGUACAACUUAUAAUGAACUAAGUGUUAAAUUUCUUUUGUCUCUAAACCUAUUUGUGAGAUUUGUAUACUUAAUUAAUUAUAUGAUUGAUUUUAAAUUUAAAAAUAGCAGUACUUCCUAAUAUCAUACAAUGUAUAUUUGUAUUACUUAUUAUUCCCGACACAUACCUUAUUUAUUUAUAUACAUAUAUAAUGGGAAUUCGUAACAUAUAUAUAUAUAUAUGAAUUAAAUAAAUUUAAAUUACAACUUUGUUGAAUUUUAAGUGAAUAUAUUUUCUUACUCUGCUAUAUUCUGGUUUUUUACGUAUAACAACAAUUUCAUCUUCAUAUUCUCUAGGAGGCAAAUUAUUUUCUUUAUUACUACUACGACUAUCAUGACUAAUUGUUGUUGAAACACUUUCGGCAUCUGAUCUAUCAAAUGUACGUGUACUAGCAGCUGAUGGUGGAGUUCGUUGACCACCACUACUAUAUGCUGAUCCACUAUCUGAAUGUGAAUGAGAGGUGGAUCGUGUUGGAGAAACAUGAUGUUUAUUAUUAACUAUAAUUCCAUCAGAUGAAUGUUUAGACUAGAAAAAAAAAAAUACAUUAUAACUAUUUUCAUAUGUGACAUAUGUAAAUAUUUGUAAAAUCACCAAUUUAUGUACAUUUGUCGAAUUGUUAACGACAAUAUAUACUUCUGUAGGGUCGUUUGGUUUGACCACAGUAGCACGUCCAUUCAUCUUCAUUUUAUUUGAUUCUGAUGCUGUAUUCACAGGUACACGUACAAGUUUAGCACUUUCAGUGUCUUCUAUAUUGUUCCAUGAACCUAUUUCUUUAACAGAAGAUUCAUCACCUACAGUAAUAACAGAUACAUGGCUGGCAUCUAGUUCUUCCUCAUCAGCAUGUGAUGAAUUUAUCACAACAACCUCAUCUUUUGCUUCAAUCUUAAACAAAUGUAUAUCAAUAGUCUUAAAACUAUAAUAUAAUUAUUUAAACUUAUACUAUAUACCUGUGAUUUCGUGUUGGUAUCAGCAACUAUUAUCACUUGAGUAUGAAGUCCUGGUGGAUGUGUUUGAAGAACAGGUGGAUGUGUUGUAGUAACAACAGUAACUUUUGAAUCAAUUGCAGUCAAAGAUCCUACUCUUACCAAAGUUCCUCCAUUAAUUAAAUUUUCAUUUUGUUCAACUAUUAAACAAUAUUCUUAUUAAGAAAUGUAUUAUACUAAAUUAAGAAAUUACUUUAAAUUUUAUUAAAAUUUAAUAUAACAUAAUAAUGUAAUUUAAUAACAAUUCUUACUAUUAUCUUUAUUUUCUAUUUGAUCAGUCUCAUCAUCUUGAUUGUUUUGAAGUCUUCCAGUUAGUUCAUUUAUAACAGCAGUAGGCAUUUUUCCUUUAUUUUUUUCAAUAUUCUGAUUCAUUUGUAAAACUUUAUCUAAUGAAGGAGGAGAAGGUCUUCUUUGAUUACGAUUAGAAGCAGAUGAACUUCUUCUCCUAGUUUUCAUUUGAGAAUCGUCUAUUGAAUUUUCAAUGGGGCCAUUAAUACUAGCAGCUACUGAUAAAGGUCUAGGAUUAGGAAGCACAUCAUGUUUGCGUAACUGCAAAGAUUGAAUAACUACAGAAUUGUUCUCAUCGUUAAUAUCAAAGGACUGUUUUUCUGUUUCAGAAUUAUUGUUAAUAGAAUCAUUAAUCUCUGAAUAUUUAUUUUCCUUUGAUAUUGAUAUUUCAAGUUCUAUGGGAUCAGUUACUAAUUGUGUUUCUUUUUCUUGGUUUUCCUGGACUUUCAAUAUUAACGGACAAUUUGGAGGCUCUUCAUUUAAAACUGAUUUAAUAACUGAAGGUGGUAGAGGUGCUGGACCUUUGUGUUCAGAAUGUUUCUUAACUACCUAUAAAGUUCAAAAAUACAUUUUAUUAAAUGCCUUAAGUUAUAACUAAUAAUUAAAAGUACAAAAAUAAAGAAUAGCAAACAAUUUAUAUAAUUAUACAUAGUAAUACAUAUAUACAUAAGAAAUUGCUGCAAUAAAUAAAAGUAAACCAAAUUUAUUGUAUAUUACAUGAGCAAAAAUUUGAUCAAAAAUUUCAAUUCCUCAUCUAUUAUUUAUUAAGUGGAAUGAAGAUGCAAACAAAAAUUUAAUAAACUAUUCUGAUGAAUGAAAAAGGAUUGCUAUCUAUCUAAAAUAUUACCCUUCUAUUAAAGAAAUAAUUAUUACAAAGAAAGUACAAUUAACUCUCAAUAUAACAAAUUUCAAGAGACCGAGAAAUUAGUUUGAAAUACCAAAAGUUUGUUGUACCAAAAGCAUAAACCAACAAAGUAUAUAUUAGGUACAUAUGUAUAAAAUAAAUAAGUCAGUAGUAAUAAUUAUAUAUGUAAUGACAUAUUACUACACACAUAUAACAGUAUAGCAAAGCAUAUUUCUGUACACUUUUUCUUAGACCCAUAAUACAUUUUUAUUGACAUUUUAUCUUAUCAUACUAAUAGCGAUAAUGUACUAUGAUAUGAAUGCUAAAAAAAGGACAUAAUAGGAAGCUAAUUAUUUUUCGUUGAGUCGUUUUACACUACAGAUGUAAAUCAAAUCUUACUAAAAAUUAAAUAUUUGUAAGAUCAAGUUCCAAAAUUGUAAAAAUUUGUUGCAUCGCAACUUUAGCUAAAAAUGUUUGUUAUAUCAAGGAGACUAAAAUAUAUUAAUUUUUCGAAAAAAUCAAGAGAUUUUCAAGGGAAUGAGUUUCAUUUGUUAUAUUGUGAGUUAGCUAUAAUAUAUUUUAAUUCAGAUAAAAUAUUAGAUAACAUACAUUUUUCUUAGAUAAAAGUUCUUUUGAAGAUAAAACAGGUUCGGAUUCACUAACUUCUGGUUUUUCAUCCGUUUUGAUUUUUUUAUUUUCUAAGGUUUCUUCAUCCAUCUCACGUUUUUUUGGUGUUUCUGGUUUUUCUUCAGCUAAAUCUACUUAAACAUAAAUAUAUUAAGUUGAUAAAAUUGUAUAUUUCAAAAAUUAAAAUAAAUACACAAUUAUUAUCUCUGUACAGUGUAAUCAAUAUAACAUAAGAUACACAUUAUCUUAAAAUUCAUUAACUUUCUUCUGAAUUUUUUUUGAAAAAAUUUAAGAAAUAAGCAGCUUUAAAGUUACAAAUUACCUUAAAUUCAAGAAUGAAACCCUCAAUUACCGCAUUUUAAUUUUCUAAUGGCAACCUAUACUGAAAAUCGCAAAAAUAGUGAAAUUUUGGAGUUGGCAUUUUUAAUUAUUGUCAAUCCAUUAUAGUCAACUUGUAUUAUAUUUAAGUUUGUCAUUUAGUAGGUAAGAAAAUAGCAGUAGUUAAGCAUCAUUUAUGUGGUGACGUAGCAUGCAGAGUAUGAAUAGUGUUUCACUAAUUUCUUCCUACCCACAAAAUGACAAAAUUAAAAGUAGAGAUAUCUCUACAAAGGUUAAACAAAAAUUUAAAAAUUUUUAACAUCAAAAUGUAUUUAAAAUAAUACAUCUAUUUAUGGAAUUUGUAAUAUAAGUUGCUAUUUGAAACAAAAGGGUGACAAAACUUAAAGAUGUAAGAUGUAAUACUUUAGUUGUUUUUCUAAAAUAUUAAAAAAAAAAAAUGUUUAUGAAAAGUCCAAGAUAAUGAGCAUCUUAAGUAUUAUAUUUAAUACACUUUACUAAAGUGUGAGAUUUAGUUUUGUUAUGAGCAUAUCCCUUUUAAAUGUUUACCUUUAGUUUCAGGUUCACUCUUUAGAGAUACAGUGUCAUCUUCGACUGCAUCCAAGUCCAGGGGAGGUAACUGAGUAGAUUGAGGCGAUUCCUAUAAAGCAAAAAGUUAAAUAAAAAUAGAUUAUCAAAAUUAAUAUUGACAUCUUCUAUUACUAAUAUUCAGAACAGAGCCAUCCCUAAGGCAGGCAAAUGGGACCUUUCCUUGAGUCCAGUGCUUUAACCAUGGUUGGUAUGCACUGCACUCUUAUAAAUACAAAAAAAAAAAAAGAUACUUGCAAUAAUUAAGGGCUUCUCAAUCAACGCUUUAUAAUUUUACCACCAUUUAACACGCUGAAAAUAUUAUUCUUUAGGACGGCCCUGUUUGUAUUACUACAUUAAUAUUUUGUACAAGAAAAUUAUGUUUUACAUAUUGAACAUGCUAAAACAAAAAUAUAAGUGGAAUGUGCACACAGGGAUUAGAAUAACUUACCACCACCAACUCUUUGAUAUUGGUCUCUGUAUUUUCUGUACUUCCUAUCACGUGUAGACUACGUAAGUAAGCAUGGAAAUAAAUGUGAAUAAUGUGUCAGUGUACAUUUAGAUUAAUGUGUACACAGGAAAUCCAAUUUAAGGAAAUGUAUAUACACAAUUGUAUAGUAAAUAAAUUAGAUGAUAGUGCUUGAUCGUUCAGCUAAAUAUAUUAAUAAAUAAUUGUUUACCUCUGAUUCUUCAUCUACAACUUCUUCUUCAACAACCUCUGCCUUAUACUCGAGUAAUAAAUCUCUUAUUGGCUUUGAAUCUAUACUUCCAUUAACAAAUGGAUGCUGAAAAUAAAAUUUGAAAUUAAAUAUUUGUAUAAAUAUAUAUAUUAACAUGGAUCAAAUUUAUACAGGCCAGUGUUAAAAUGUCCUGUAUUUUAAAGAAUCUUUCUAUAUUUUAUCUUAAUAUCCUGGGUAAAAAAAAACCUAAAUGUUCUGUAUUUUAUACAAAUAUCCUUUAUAAUGCUCAAAUAAUCAUAUAUAUUUUUGUUUUGUAGUCUUGAAUGGAUAAAACUAAUAACCUGAUUUAAUGUUAUCUAAUGGUUUUACCAUAUGGUAAAAGCAAAAUCAAAACAAUCACAAUCGGCUCUUGAAAAAGGAGAUACUACAAAACGAAUCCUAUUAAAAAAUUAUAUCAAAACUUAAAAACCUUCAACUGCCCAAGUUACAAAAGUUGAGAAAAAAAACCUUAAUUCAAGUACUUCAGCAAAAGUAGCAAUUUAGCAUACUAUGAUUAAUUCUUAAAAUAUUAAAAAUGCAUAACUAAUUUAAAUUUUAUUUAUUUAUGCAUAAUGUGUAUUAUUUUACAUUGUAAAGACAUAAUUUUUAACUGUUUGUAUUAGUUUAUUAGUUAUGUUUAUUAAUAAUAACUUGAGUUGAGUCAAUGACCAUUAAAUGUUAAUGUAAUGUAAUGUAACGUUAAUGUAAAUUGUACAAAUGGUCUGUACUUUUAUAAUUAAAAUCUGAUGAGGCAGAUUUAUGGACAAAUUAAAAAUGAAUACGGCCUUUUUUUUAUUUAACAAUAAUAAUUUUGCUAAGAAUUUGGAUUCAUUAAUUCACUUAUUGCCAUGCCAAAAAGUACUAAAAAUUGUAGCAAAAGGAGGUAGGCAAUGGUUUUUCAGUUUUUUCAAUUAUUUUAAAAACUACAACAUUUACGCAAAAAAUUUAAAACUAUUAAUUGUAGAAAAAUAAUUUUAUCUAUUCCAUUAUUUCAUAUAAAAAAUAUUUGAAUGUAUGAAAAAUUAAUUCUUUUUAAUUUUAUUUUAAAAAAAUUAGGUUAAAGAUUAAAUUAAAUUACCUAAAUAAAGUUAUAACUUUGUAAGUAUUGAGUAAAAUUUACAUUGAAUCAAAAACUAUGCUUAAUUUUUAAUUUAAAAAAUUUACAACCACCUUGUGUUAAUAUUUAACCUUUUUUUGCCAUGAGAAAGGAGUAAGUUAUCAUGGCCAAAUUUUCACAAAACUAUUUUUUCUUAUCAUCUAGAAAAAUGGGAAGGAGUGCACGUUUUGACUUUCUCAGGUUAGUUUAUUAGACCACCCUUCUUCUCCUGUUUUUAUCCCAAUUAUCAAAGGUCGGCCAACCUAAUAUAUGAUAUAUAAUUAUACAUACAUAUAAUAGGAUCAUAUAUUCGGAAAUUAGGAACUCUCGUCAUAUGCUAUAUAUUUAUGAAAGUCGAUGUGUUAUUUAUGUCUUCGGCGAUAAAUUUUGGAUCGGACAUUGAUGGUGUGCUCUUAUAUUGUAGGUAUAAUUAUGUAUAUGUUACAGGUCAAACCAGAUUUCAGAUGUAACUAGUUUAUCUUUUAAACCAGCCUUUACAACAUUGAUAUAUACAUAUAUAUAUAUAAAUAUUUUACCAACCAAUAAUAGUCUAUACACCAUUAAAUCUAAUCCAUUCAGUUUAUUUUUUUUUUUUUUGUUCACAAGUUAAAAGAAUCAAGUCAAAUGCUUUAAAAUAAAAAGUUUUCAGACAUAACCCCUUCCCAAAAGAGAUAGAGUUGUGGGUGUGUUAGAUACGUUUUCAGUAUAGAUAGCAUACAACGAAAGUUUAUGGUGAUCACAAAUUAAUAAAUGAAAAAUAACUAACUUUAAGGAGAUCGUCUGCUGUUGGCCUUUGAGCUGGAUCUUUAAUAAGUGCUUGUGUUAUGAAGUCAUUAAAAUGCUUAGACCAUUUAGAUGGUUGUUCUAAUUUAGGAGGAUCAGAUUUUUGUAUUUUAAGCAGCACACGCAUUGGAGACAUUUCAUGAUUAGGAGGUUCCAUUUGUGCUAAUUCUAUAAGGGUUAUGCCUAAAGACCAAAUAUCUACUUUAAAAUCAUAAGGGUUAUCACGAAAUGUUUCACACAAAACUACUUCCGGAGCCAUCCAAUAUGGUGUACCAAUAAAAGUAUCAUGUUUUUGUAGGGUUUGUUUAUUUUUAGCAGAAACUCCAAAAUCAGCUGCAAAAUAAAUUUAAAAAAAUUAAAAUAUUUUGUUUGUUUUCAUUGUAUUUUAGAAAACUAACCAAUUUUAACACCAGCACUAGUUGUUAAAAGUACAUUUCCAGCUUUAAGAUCUCGAUGAAUAACUUUACAUUUAUGAAGAAAUGAUAAUCCUUCACACAUAUACUUGCAAACAUAGGCUAUUUGUUCCUCAAUUAAUGCUCGAUCCAGCUCAACCAUGAUUGAAUCUAAAGCCCCUCCAUCACAAUACUCAAUUAGCAUCUAUAAAAAUGUAUACAAGUUAAGAAAAUCAAAAAAAAUAAUAAUUGUUAUUUGAUAAUAAUUUACCCAAAGUUUGGAAUUAACAAAAAAUGCUUCAUGUAAUUGGACUAUAUUUGGGUGUUUACAUUCAGCUAAAAUAUCAAUUUCAAUCAUAAAAUCAGCUAAAUCAUCUUCACCCUCUAAAAUACACAUUUUAGCAGCAGCCAACUGUCCAGUUUCUCGAUGCUGAGCCUAAAUAAACAUUUUUAUAUAAGAAAAAAAAACCAAUUUGUUAUGUUAGAAUUAACAUUAUAAUUAUUUAACAUUAAAAUAAAAAAUUAUGUAAGAAUUAUAAUUAAAAAUAACUUAAUAAUUUUCAUCUAAUACAAUUUUAAAUAAACAUACUAUUUUCCCUUAUACAUAAAUACUUAUACCUUAUUUCAUUACCUUAUAAACUUUACCAAAAGCUCCAUCUCCAAGUUCACCAAUCAUUUCCCAAAAAUCAUCAACAUCACAAUCCAUAUGGAUGUUAUUAAAUAUUUUUUUAUUUUUUGCUUCAUUAUUCCCUAAGUGAAGCACUUUUUUGAGGCCUUUAAUAAACGACAUUUUAUUAAUGCCUUUAAACAAGUUCUAUACUUCUAUAUCAAGGAUGAUGUACUCGUAUAGAACACAUGACCAAACAGUUUUUAAAUGCUCCAUUAUUAAAAUGAUACACAACAAAUUUUGAGUAACCUGUAAAAAUAAGGAUGUAUGAAUUAUAAAUAUACAUAUUUACUUUAAAGGCAGUUGAAAAAAAGAAUAUUAAUGGUAACUUCAUCAAUUGAUGGAUACAAUAUUUGACAAUUUCCUUACAAAUAUUAAAAUAACAUUUUUAGUUCAAGUUUAACAUAAAGUUUAUUUACCAUUUAAGGAAAUUAAAAUAGUAAUGUAAUGAAUUAGUAUAAUAAAUAAUAAAUUCAUUAAUUUUACUAUUGAUAAUAAAAAUAAAUACUAAUAUAAAUAAAUACGGUAAUUCAAUACUAUUUCUGGGUUGAUUGCAUACUAUUUAAAACUAAUUUAGUAGAUAGACUAACCUAACCUAACUUAACAACGAACAUUAUUAUUUAAAGAAGACUUAAAAUAAUAAAGGGCACAGAUAAUAGAAAUACAAAAGUACACAACACCGGAUAAAACAAGUAACUAAAACAUACAUAAUAAAUAAAUAAACCAAAAGUUGGUUCAAAUUGAAAAUUCUCAUCAAUCUUCAUAAAGAGUAAAUGAUAGUAUUAUUCAUAUACUUUAGUACAAUAAUUUUUUAAUAUUAAUCAAGACCAGAUUUUUUGUCCAAUACAUAGGUUUUAGCUGGAAACAAAUCUCAAGAAAGGGUCAACAUUAAUUGUUCAAUCAAUUUAAUGACACUUUUUUCUAGUAGUUUGGCAAGAAAAGUUUGAAGAGGGCGGACCCUUGGAUAAGUGAUAUAAAUACAAUUGUGAACUGAUAUCAGAUGACUCCAACUGCAGGCUAUCAUUCUUUCUGUUUAAUUUUCACACAGUAAGAUUUUUUUUUAUUUUUAUUUUUUUAAAUUUAAAUUGUUAAAGUCAAAAAUAUUAUUUUGAAUUUUACAUUAUUGUUGUUCUUAUCAUAAUCAUAAUUAUUGCCACGAUAGUUUUUGAUAACCGGUCAGCGAAUUGUGAAGGUGAUAAGUGGCUAAUAAACCUUAUUUAUUUAACCAGUAAAUCAGAGGUCAUGGGUAAAAAAUACUAAGGCAAAAAAACCAAUAAUUUUAAAUAUAUUAAUUUAUCAUGAAAAUUUAAAAAAAUGUUUAUUUAAUAUAAUUUUUAAAAAUAUUGAAAUAUAAAAAAAUUAUGUGAAAAAUAUUUUUUUCAUGAAAAUUAAAACUUUUCAAAGUAAUAAGUGGCUGCAAUAUAUCCUCAUAUUCUUUCAUCCUUCAUCUUUAUAUGGUAGGUAUAUUUUUAAAUAUUAAAUAAAAUAUAACUAGUGGUCUAGUGGUAUAAUAUAGAGUAAAAUAAAUUUUUAUUAGGUACUGGAAAUUACCUAUGUAGACCUUUUCAUACUUUCAUACUAUUAUUUGAGCGAACCAAAUUUAGUCUGUCAAAAUUCACUUAAAUUUCGAAGUAUUAUAACAUAAACUAUAGUAAGAAAUCAUUUUUUUAUAAUAAUCAGUUAUUAUAUUUAAAAUUUUAAAAUUGUUGUUUUUUUCCAGUAUUUGAAUCAAGAUUUGACAAAAUGGACAUAAACCAAUAUUUUUUAUCCUUCUAUUCUUAUUAUAAUUUAAAAAAAAAAAUAAGAUAGGCUAACUUGAAAAUUAAAAAAAAAAAGAUAUCUAGCCUAUCUAAAUUAAAAGUUGUUAUUAAUGAAUGGCUAUUAUUAUCAUGUGGUACCUAUCAUUAAAAAUAUAAAAUGUUAAAUACUAUUAUUGGAAACUUAAGUACCUAUAAUAUUACAAUACCUAUUACUAUUAGAUAUUUCAUGUGUUUAUGAUGCGAGUUGGUUAUAUUUUUCCAAAAUGUUUUUUAUACCUAAAUCAUUUUAAAUAUUUGUUGAUAAUUGACUCAGCUGUACUUAUAACGCUACUUAUUAAAAAGGUUAUUUAAUUACCUACAAAUAUUAUUAUUAAUGGCUGAAUAAAUAUUUAAUAACAAAUUAUCAAUGUUCAACACAACAUAUUAUGUUUAUAACAUGUUAAAUAAUAUAGUUGUAAAUUAUUUUAUUAAUAAUUAAAGUUAUGAAUAUAUUGUCUACUAUUGAUAAAAUAAAAUAACAGGAUUUUAAAAUUGGAAUAAUAAUAUAAAAAAAGAAAUAAGCACGAGAAAAGUCAGAAGUUGUAUGAAUAUUUUUAUGAAUGAAUGUGCAAAGAAUAAGGGAAAGACAAAGAACAAAAAUAUACCAGGAUAUGGGUUGGUAUGAUUAAGUCAUCUUUGAACUGCUGGGAUGUAUAGAUGAUUUGGGAAACUGAGUCAAGUAGUAAUGUGUGAUUUACAUGGUCAUUUUCAAAUAACUGGAAAAAGGGGUGAGGGAGAAGAAAAAACAAAGACAUGAGUAUAGGAACUAGGUCUCUAUCAUUUAGUACAUUGAUUCUAAAUACAAUUAAACAAUCAAUUUUGUUAAGUAAAUAUAAAUAAAAUACUAUUGAACUUUCUCAAAAUAACAAAAGUAAAGUAAAUAAAUUAUUUAACAUUAUUUUAACAUACUUAAUAACUAGGUAAUUACAAUUUAUAAGAAAUACACUAAUGUUAAGUUAAUAUUUUUAAUGAAAUGUAUGAAGCUAUUUAAUAUUAUUUUUAGGUGUAUAAAUUUUGUACUAAACAACUAUACACAGCAUACCUAUAGGUGCGUAAUGUAAAAUAUUUAUCUAACAAUAAUAAUAUUAUCAUUAGGUACUUUACUCAUCAUAAUUCGUAAUAAUUUAAUAUGAGUCAGAGGAAAUACAAUAAUUAUUAUUCACCAUUGCACUAAUAAUGCCUAAAUAAAAGUAUCAAAAAAUUUAAAAAGUUUACCUACCUACCUAAAGACUAAUAACUAUUUUACCUUGCAAUGUUACGAACUAAAAAAGUUGUAAUAAUAAACAAACAGAAAUUGUUCAUACCAGUAAUUGCAUGCAGUUUUACAUAUUAUCUAAUAAUGUACCUACUUAAUAUUAUUCAAUAAAAUAUUAAUAAAAAGAACUAUGAAUUUCUCACCUGAAAUACAAGUAUCGAGUAACAAUUACAUUUUUUAUUUAAAAUACUGCAAUGCAGACAAUCAAUGGUCAGCUCAUUCAACACAAACACAACGAGAAUACAACACACACCACUACAUGAAUGACACAAAUAUUCUUAUCUCUUACAAUUACAUUGGUCGUAAUUAAUAUUAUUAUUAUUACUAGGUAUAUUAUUAUUAUUUUAACGAUGACGAUGUAUGUACCCGAGUGGUUUAUCGCACCUAUUUAUGGGCAGUAGUUAUAGAUAACAUAAUUUUCAAACGAUUAUUAGUUAUUUUAUUGUCUAUUGAAUACGCGAAAAUUGUUAUUUGAUUAUUACGAGUGUUGUAGUCGAUUGAUUAUUGCCACUCGACGGAACGACGCGGUAGAAAUCAUCGAUAUUUAAAAAUAAAAAUCACUAAAACGUCUCUUACCACGCCUGAUGCCUGUGAAAAAUGACGUCAACAAGGUGAACGCGGCUUUUCGUAGGAUGGGUCUCUUUAGUACUGGACGUCCUUGACCAUGUUUUAUUGGAAAUUUUUGUUUAUUUUUAUGCCCCGUUUACUUUUUCCUCCCAGAUGUAUUAUAGUUAUUAACCAACACGCGCACACUCACACACACACACACGCACAUAUACAUAUACACGAUAGCGCGUCACACUACCGAUGGGCGACGGCACUAACUCUAAUAAUAUAUUUAGUAUAUUCCACCGUUCACUAUGGCCCGGGGAAGGAUUCUCAGACUCAGCCGGGACGAAACAAGAAUUGACGGAGUUACGCACAAGGGAAAAAAUUUACGGGGGACGGAGACUCGCGGGCGAUUUCAUGCGGGACCCGCCGGAAGACUUGCGACCGGAAACGUGUUACGGACAGCACCGGACAUCUCGUUGACCGGACGAGCGGCACGAACAGUAUGUAUACUGUAUAGGGAAUUUGCACGAGAGGCAGCCAGGCAGGACAGCGGGUCGCCAGUCGCGACCAGUGACAAGAAAUAUUAAAAAAUAAAAAUAAUAAAUAAAACUUUAAUGAAAAAAAAAAAACAAUAAUAAUAAUAAUAAUAAUGAAUAAUGAUAAUUAUAAUAAAUAAAAUAAUCAAAUAUGCAUGGCAGUGUGGCCAAACUGCUGGGGUGAAUAAUUGAUUUUGGCAACAUCAUAUUAUUAUCAUGUAACAUCCGUUCUUAACUUCUGUUUGUAAUAUUCGGGAAAUAACAAAAACCGUUAAUGUGAAUAAGCAAUAUGUUCUAGUACCUAUUACAAUACAAUUUUGUAGCCUUUGUUUUUUAUGUAUUUUAAUUACUAUUUUGUGCCUAUUUUAAAAUAAUUCAUUAUAUUAUUUUAAACUUAAUUAUGUUUAUCGAUAAAACAAAUUCUAUAAAAUGUUUGUAAUUCUUCGUAGCCAUUGUAAUUUUUUGAAUUUUUGAAUUUUAAUGAUAUUAGUUUGUGUUAAUAACAUAGGUUUUACCUAUCUUAAUGCUUGUAUAAAAUGGUGUUUGCAAAUUUAAUUUUUACUUAAAUACUAUUUUAAAUCUAUUGACAUACAAAAAUGGCAAUGGAAUUGUUGGACAUGAAUGAAGAUUGGAAAUUGGCUAAUAAAUUAAGAACUGAAGAUUCUGAUCAAUUUUAUACAUUAGUUCGAAUGCAUUUAUCAUUUAUUCUUGAAUCUAACAUUAAAGA